GGCACGCCAUCUUUGAUGAGGGAUGAGGUUUUUUUCACUCGCUCACUCCAGAGCUGUGUGCACGCGCAUUAGGUGACCCAAAUCAGUGCUGAAGGAGGCAAGGCGAUAGUAACAUCCCCAACGUGGUUCAUCGAGUGCGAGCCUUCAAGUAAGAGCUACACUUCCCGUUUAGAGGCGAGCACCUCAUCCCUCCAACAGCCAUGGCAGACGAGUCGGACAUGCGCAAUGAGCUGACAGACAUGCAGGCCAGAGCUGAUCAGGUGGCUGAUGAGUCUUUGGAAAGUACUCGCCGCAUGCUGCAGCUGGUCGAAGAGAGUAAAGAUGCUGGUAUCAGAACUUUGGUUAUGCUGGAUGAACAGGGAGAGCAACUGGAGCGCAUCGAAGAGGGAAUGGAUCAGAUCAAUAAGGACAUGAAAGAAGCAGAAAAGAAUUUGACGGAUCUAGGAAAUCUCUGUGGUCUAUGUCCAUGUCCAUGUAACAAGCUGAAAGGUGGUGGCCAGUCCUGGGGUAAUAACCAGGAUGGGGUGGUGUCCAGCCAGCCGGCCCGUGUGGUCGAUGAACGUGAGCAGAUGGCCAUCAGCGGAGGAUUCAUCCGCAGGGUAACAGAUGAUGCACGAGAGAACGAAAUGGAUGAGAAUUUGGAGCAGGUGGGAGGUAUCAUCGGUAACCUCCGCCACAUGGCUCUCGACAUGGGCAACGAGAUCGACACCCAGAACCGUCAAAUCGACAGGAUUAUGGAUAUGGCCGAUUCCAACAAAACCAGGAUCGACGAAGCCAACCAGCGCGCCACAAAGAUGUUGGGCAGUGGCUAAACCCCUGCGAGAAGUGCUUCGGCUCCCUUUCCCUUCCCCGCUGUACCUGCAACAGUGCACAUGUGUUUUUCACCCGACCAGUUUGCACACAUGCACUUAUCAGCCCCUCUACGCUCUAUCUAGGAAGUGUCGUCGUGUGUCUGUCUUAACUGAUAGUCUAGUAAAUGGUCACAUUUACUCUGUAUCUUUCUCUCCAAAGGUUAAAUGUACAUAGUGCAUAUUUGAUGGCUAGAGAUCAUGUGAAGUUUCUUCUUCUUCUUCUUCUUCUUCUUCUCUUUGUUGGUUUCUUUAUGUUUUUUUUUUUAAAGUGUAUAUUUAUUAAAUAUAUAUACACACAUUUUUUGGAUGAAAUUUCUUAAAGGUUUUCAGUCAUCCGUGUGUCCAUGCUCUGUGUUUUACUCAAAAUAAGCCAUGCUUCAUAUUCUGAUGUAGUGAGACAGGAGACGAAUUAGACAGUGAGGUGCAGGAGAUCACAUGACGGAUUGCUUAUCUUAGCCUGCCAUUUUGUAAUCGCCUUUAGACAGUGUUCAGUAAUGAUUAUUACACCUAAAGUGGUCAUAUAUGUAUACAGCGUGUCACUUUCACUUAUUAUUACCCCAUGUGUAGACAUUACCGUACAGCACGGGCAUGUCAGUACAUGCAUUCGUUUUGAAGCAACAUCACAAUAGUGCCACUCUUUUUUUUCUGUACAUCUGCAAAAUGUGUCAGUUGAUGAAAAAUCGGAACUAAAUGCCAAUAAAAACUAAACAAACCUGAA